CAAGCGGCGACCGCGCAUUGCAACAAUCAACAAUUUUGUUUGGUUUUUCAACAAAAUGAAGCGCAGCAAAGAUGAGGAUAAGGAUGAUGCUGUGACGAGCACAGUAGCUGUUGCCAACACCAACAACAACAAUAACAGCAGCAGCAGCAACAACAACAACAAUGGUAAAUUGAACAGCAACGUAUCGCCGAACAUUAGCAGCAGCAGCAACAACAACAACAACAAUGAUGCCAACAACGCCAACGGCGGCACAACAGGCACGGCAGGCACUGUGCGUACUACGGGUCGCGUUAAGAAACCCAAACAAGUUUACGAUCCGUCCGAUAAUUAUAUAUCACGCGGAUCGCGCAGCUCGUUGCCGGCACCGACACCAACACAGACACCGCCAACGCCACCAGCUCCAACCCCCACCCCAAGCACAGCCCCGACUCCGGCGUCUGUUCCAGCGCCAGCAGCAUCUCCAGCUUCAUCAGCACAAGCAGCAGACUCAACGUCACCCGCACAGAGCAGCAGCGUGUCACAGCAACAACAACAGCAACAACAGCUACAGCAGAACCCGCAUCAGCAAACUGGACAUUUAAAUGCCAACGAGAUCGCUGCAAACUCAAGUGUUAAUGAGGAAUCCACGGAUGCAGUUGCCAUGCCCAGCGCUGAGCAGCUGCGUAACUAUGAUACCUGCAUCAAGUGCCACAAAAGUGAACCCAAACGUGGCUCUGGCUACAAGAGUAACUAUCUAGCCUGCAAAGCCUGCACUUUGAAAUGGCAUUUCAACUGCUUGCCAAUCACCUUCGAGAUUCUGACUAAUGCCCGCAAGCGGUACAAGUGUGAGGAAUGUCGUCGUUGUCGCAUUUGUGUGUCCAACAAGGCUGACCCAAAGCUCAAGCAUCUGGUCAUGUGCUGUGUGUGUGUCAAUGUUUAUCAUCUGGAAUGCCAUUGGCCACGUGUGCUGCCCGCCAAGCUGACUGAUCCCAACUGGAAAUGCUAUAGCUGUGAUCCCAGCUACAAUCCGCUGGAUACGGACGAUGAUGUCGCCCAAAUUGAAUCCGAGUCACCGCCGCGCAAAUCAAAAGCUGGACGCAAGAAGCGCGCCACUUCCGAUCCAGCUCCUCCUGCCAAUGCAAAGAAGUUGGCCAUUUCCAAGCAGCUGAUAACCAAGAAUGGCAAAGAUGCUGCUGACUGUAUUACCGAUGACAAGCCCGUCGUGGUGCCAAAUCAAGAGAGCGAAACAACUAAAACCACCGAUGAGGAGGCUGAAGAAUCACCAAAGAGUCCGGCACCUGCGGCAUCGAUCGUUGAGCCAAUUCCGCCGCCAAUUACCAUAGAGGAUAAAGAGAAUGAGAAUGAGAAUGGUGAAGUCACCCAAACGGUUGGAGCUGAAAUGCCGCAUGGUUAUGAGAAACCUGUCCAGUCCUGGACCGUAGAUCAGGUCGUUAGCUAUGUUGAAAAGUUUUAUCCGCAAGAGUCAAACAUCUUCAAGGUGCAGGAUAUCGAUGGCGCUGCCUUAAUGGUACUCUCGCGCCAGGAUAUCAUCGAUCGCUUUGGCUUAAAGCUGGGUCCGGCAUUGCGCCUUUAUGAGCUCAUCCUUAGCUUGCAGAGCUCCAGAGAUGAUGUAACCCUCGGCUGGUGUAAUUAAUUCAAUAAUACACCAUUCAAUAGUUAAUUUGCUUAAUUUUAAAAGAAAGAAGAAUCGUUUCAGAAGAAUCAAUACUCCUAAGUUCGUUAUUUAGGAUCAAAGAAGGUCAACCAUUUGAUUUCCUCAUUACACUAAAUCAUUACCGCUAAUGAAACAUACAUUAAUUUUAAUUAAGUCAGUUCAUUGUUGCAGCAUACUCCUGUUCGGAGUACGACUUACAUGCUACUUUAAUAUUAAUCUGAAAAUAUAUAGAUAAACAUAAGUUAGAGAAAUAAAUCGAAUUCGCUCUAACGAUUCCGCAAAAUCUAAA